GCCCUCAGGGACGCCAUCUCGAUGCUGCGGGGUCAGGGCCUCAUGGACAUGGACGCCCUUAUCGCGCUGGGGGAGGAGGCCACAGCGGAGCCGCAGCGGGGCGACGGUGUGGGGCCCCCGACGGCGCUGGAGGCGCUGAUCGAGCGGGGCCUGGUCGAGGGCUCGGCGUGGCGCGGAUGCGCCGAGGGCGCGCCGUGCCCGCUGUCGCGGCCCGCGGCGGAGGACGGCCUGCCAUGCCCGGCGCGCGUGGCCGCGGCGUUCUGCCCGGCGGCGGGGGGCAUCCGCCCAGGCGACUUGCCCGCCCUGGCGCUGCUGCGCUGGUGCCAGCUCUACGGCCAUGCGCCCAUAUGCCUGGUGGACACGGCGGCAGCGGCCGCGUCCUCUGGGGCUGCGCCAGUCGAGGACCUGGACCGCGGCGCCCAGCGACUCCGCGCCGCGCUCCAGCGCGCCCUGCGCACAGAGGUAGACGCGUGCGCGGCGGUGAUAGUCGACAGCCGCGAGUGGUUCGAGGCCAUGCCUGUGCUCGACUUCGUCCGCGAGCUCGCCGCGGGUCCGCCGGCGGCCGCGGGCUCCGGCGUCGCGGCGGGCACCACGGUGCCGCUGCUGCGCCGCUGGAGCGCCGUGCAGCUGCGGGAGCGCCACGGCGUGCAGGUCUGCGCCAGCGGCGGCGGCGAGGCCUGGGACGCGGCGGUGGCAGGACCAUCAAGCAUUGACCUGGCACGGGUAACGGACUUCGUGAACGGGGUCGGGCUCUUUAUUAGGUCCGACCAGUACGUAGGAAGGCUGCAGGAGAGUUCUAACGUGUUCCAGUCGGCCUGGAGCCCCGAGUUGCCCGAAACUUGA